AUGGUUCACUUCUUGCACCCGGCCUUGGCGCCCCGCAACAUAGCCCUUCCCGACGCUGAGAAGGAUGCCCAGGGCAGCUGCGUGGUGCAGGAGGAGGCAUCUCCCUACUCUUUGGUCAACAUCUGCCUGGACUUCCUGAUUGCUAACCUGGAGAAAUUGUGUUCUGAAAGGUCUGAUGGGACCCUGUGCCUUCCGGAGCAUUGGAGUUUCCCUCAGGAAGUAGCUGAUCGAUUCCUUGGAGUGAUGACGUGGCAAGGCAAGCUGACUGAUAGAACAGCGAGCAUUUUCCGGGGCAACCAAAUGAAACUGAAGCUGGUCAAUAUUCAGAAAGCUAAAAUCUCUGCAGCGGCAUUCGUAAAAGCCUUCUGCCAUCACAGACUCAUUGAACUGGAUGCUACUGCAGUGCACGCUGACCUCCCAAUCCCAGACAUCAUAAGUGGACUCUGCGGCAAUAGCUGGAUCCAGCAAAACCUCCGGUGUCUCCUGUUGGACUCAGCAAGCAUCCCUCGAGAUUCACGAUUGCUGUCCUUUGGUCAGCUCACUGGUCUGCGCAUUUUAAGUGUUUUCAAUGUUAGUUUUCAUAGUGAAGACCUGGCUGAUGUUUCUCAGCUACCAAAACUGGAAAGCUUGGAUAUCUCCAAUACUCUAGUCACUAACAUCUCUGCCCUCCUUACCUGUAAGGAUCGACUCAAAUCUCUCACAAUGCACUAUCUGAAAUGCCUAACUAUGACCAAAUCACAAAUUCUUGCAGUCAUUAGAGAACUUAAAUGUCUGCUUCACCUUGAUAUUUCUGAUCACAGGCAACUCAAAUCAGAUCUGGCUUUUUAUUUGCUACAGCAGAAGGAUAUUCUGCCUAAUGUUGUGUCACUGGAUAUUUCGGGUGGCAGUUACAUCACCGAUGGAGCUGUAGAACUGUUUAUACGGCAACGACCUGCGAUGCAAUUUGUGGGACUAUUGGCUACGGAUGCUGGUUAUUCUGACUUCUUUACUACAAAGCAAGGCUUGAGGGUUGCUGGAGGAGUCAGUAUGAGUCAGAUUUCAGAAGCACUGAGCCGAUACAAGAAUAGGUCAUGUUUUAUGCAGGAGGCCCUCUACAGGCUCUUCACGGAGACGUUUUCAAUGCAGGUAACCAUGCCUGCUCUUUUAAAGCUUGUGGCUAUAGGAAUGAGGAAUCAUCCAUUGGAUCUGCCAGUGCAGUUCACAGCCAGUGCAUGCGCCCUCAACCUAACCCGCCAAGGCCUGGCCAGGGGGAUGCCUGUUCGUCUGUUGUCAGAGGUCACCUGUCUACUUUUCAAGGCUCUGAAAAAUUUCCCCCAUUGUCAGCAGUUACAGAAGAAUUGUCUUCUCUCCUUAACCAAUUCGAGGAUUCUUGUGGAUGUCCCAUUUGACAGGUACGAUGCUGCAAAGUUUGUUAUGAGAUGGCUCUGUAAGCAUGAGAACCCCAAAAUGCAGACAAUGGCGGUGAGCGUCAUCUCAAUUCUAGCCCUGCAGCUCUCUCCCGAGGAAGCCACACAACUUCAGGAAGAGCUCUUCAUAGCAGUGAAAGAACUUCUAGCAAUAGUAAAACAAAAGACUACUGAGAACUUAGAUGAUGUCACCCUCUUGUUUACUUUGAAAGCACUUUGGAAUCUUACGGAUGAGUCUCCAGCCGCCUGCAAGCACUUUAUUGAAAAUCAAGGACUGGCAAUCUUCAUCCACGUCUUGGAGACUUUUUCAGAGUCAGCAAUACAAAGCAAAGUACUUGGUCUUUUGAACAACGUGGCUGAAGUCAGAGCUCUCUCCUCUGAGCUGAUGGCAGAGGGUGUGGUGAAGCAUGUCAGCAGCUUGCUCCAGAGCAAAGAAAUGGAAGUCAGCUAUUUUGCAGCAGGUGUCAUAGCCCACCUGACGUCUGACAGCCAGCCCUGGAGAUCCCGUGGCCUUCAGAGGAGCGCUCUUCUCCAGGAUCUGUAUGCAACCGUCCAGAAUUGGCCAAGUUCAACUUGUAAGAUGAUGGCGUUGGUGACCUACAGAUCCUUCAAGGCAUUUUUCCCACUCCUUGGCAACUUCUCUCAACCAGAGGUUCAGCUCUGGGCACUAUGGGCCAUGUAUCAUGUCUGCAGUAAAAACCCCAGCAAAUACUGCAAAAUGUUAGUGGAAGAAGAAGGAUUGCAGCUUUUGUGUGACGUCCGGGAGCGCAGUGGAGCAGAUCCCCAAGCACAGCAGAUUGCGGCCUCCAUUCUAGAUGACUUCAGAAUGCAUUUUCUGAAUUAUCGGAGCCCCCCUCUGUGUUGAAGGCCCUUCUUAACCUAAGGGCCUUCAGAGAUGCUCUGUUCCUCAGCGUCAGGUUUGCCCUGUCGGCAAGUGAAUCUUGAAACCAGUUCUCAUUGGAAUUUGUGAGUUGGCCACCUCACUGGCCUUUUAUUGUUAAUUUUCUACAAGUUACAAAAGGUUAGAUUUGUAUGUUAGCCAUAAUCUCAAAUCAAGUUGGAAUCAUUCUAGGAGCAUCUCUUCCACAGUUUUGCAAAAUCAAGCCCUAGACUCAUGGGAAGACCUGUGAGCUUGUGUUGGAACAGCCGUGCCAGUUACUUUUCUCUAGCCCUGGCCAAUUUCUUAACUCUGGGAGUUUGUCAGAGAAAGGGGUAAAGAAAGACCUACAGGGAGACCUCAGUAUUUAUGUUAAAUUUCAUGU